AUGGCUACAACAACAGUUGCGGUGGCGACUACGAUGGUGGUGGUGGUGGUGGCGGCUACAGCGAACUUCGUGAUGAACUACAAUAUGCAGAACAUGAACAAGGAGUUACCUGAACUCUUCUCCAUGCCAAAAUCUGCUGAGAUUGAGAUACACAAAGAGCACCAAGUGUUGAUGGUCAACAAGACCACCAGUUUCAAGAAGCAAGGUAAACCUAAGAAGGGCAAUAUCAAGAAGGGCGGCAAGAAAGCUGCCACGCCUCCUGAGAAGCCUAAGGGUGGCCCUAAACCUGAUACAGAGUGCUAUUACUGCAAUGGGAAGGGGCACUGGAAGCGUAAUUGCCCCAAGUACUUGGCUGAUCUGAAGAGCGGCCUUGUCAAGAAGAAGAAAGGUAUAUCUGAUAUACAUGUUAUAGAUGUUUAUCUUACUGGUUCUCGUACUAGUGUAUUUGACGAGGCGGUGCUCCUGGAGGGUGGUACGGGCGCACGGUACGAGCAAGACCCGCCCGUACCAAUGCCUGUUAAACUUACAUAA